CUGUGCAUUCCCAGCAUUCCCCGCUGCAGUAUUUGCGAUCAGCAGCAGACGACUGAUUUGAGUUGUGUAUUUUAGAAUGUGGUGACGAGGCAUCGUUUGUUAUGUUUUUGAUGUAAUUAAAUGGAUAUCUGUAAACUAGUGAAAAAGAAAUGAAGAAGUUUACGUUCCAGCGUGUGUUAGACGGUUUGCGGUCUUCUGUCAGCCAACAACCUCGGCCUGAACAGGAGAUUGUGGAAACGCUACGCCCGGAUAACUUCCAAGUUGCUAAGACCUUCAGGCAUGGGUUCCCGUAUCAACCCACGGCGGUGGCGUUCGACCCCAUACAACACCUGCUGGCCAUCGGCACCAAGGCUGGCUCCCUUAGACUACUGGGACGACCGGGAGUGGACUCCCAUGUGCGUCACGAGACGGACGCUGCAGUCGUCCAGAUCGUGUUCCUGAUGAACGAGGGAGCCCUGGUGACCGCCACCGCUGACGACAGCCUCCACCUCUGGAACUUCCGCCAGAAGAGGCCAGAGGUCGUGCAUAGUCUCAAGUUCCAGAGAGAGAGGAUAACAUACAUGCACUUACCGCUGCAGAGCAAAUGGCUGUACGUUGGCUCGGAGAGGGGCAACAUCCACGUAGUCAACAUCGAGAGCUUCGUACUGUCCGGAUACGUCAUCAACUGGAACAAGGCUAUCGAAGUUUGCCGGAAGACACACCCUGGGCCGGUGGUACAUCUCAGUGACAAUCCCCUGGAUGCCAGUAAACUACUGAUAGGCUACGAGUCAGGACAGCUGGUGUUGUGGGACUUGCGCACACGCACGGCAGAGCUGAGGUGGCAGUGUGCAGAACCUCUCAAGUCGGUCACGUGGCACCACGAGGGGAAACAGUUCAUGUGUUCACACACAGACGGCUCUCUUACCACAUGGAAUGUCAGACAAGCUCCUAAACCCAUCAACGUCACUCUUCCUCAUGCCAAAACGAAUAAAGACGGUAAACCUGAAACAUGCAAACCUAUCCAAAAAGUCGAAUGGAAAUCUUCAAGAUCAGGGGAGGCAUAUGUAAUAUUCUCGGGAGGACUGACGUAUGACAAAGCCGGGCGGACACCGAGUAUAACAGUGAUCCAUGGCAAGACAACGACGGUGCUGGAGAUGGAGCACAAUGUGGUAGACUUCAUCACACUGUGUGAGAGUCCUUGGGUCAGUGAUCUGCAAGAACCAUACGCCAUUGUGGUUCUACUGCACAAUGACCUGGUGGUGAUAGACCUGUUGAGUCAGGGGUUCCCCUGCUUCGAGAACCCAUAUCCCAUGGACCUGCACGAGUCUGCCGUGACCUGCUGUACCUACCUGGCGGACUGCCCGUCUGACCUCAUCCCCGCCUUCUAUUCGGUGGGCUCUCGGACCCAGAAGCGCACAGGCUUCAGCGAGCGAGAAUGGCCCAUCUGUGGCGGGGAGUGGAGCCCUACGUCUUGUAGCUACAAUGAGAUCAUUCUCACAGGGCAUGCAGACGGCAGUAUUAAGUUCUGGGACGCAUCCGCCGGCACGUUACAGGUUCUGUACAAGCUCAAGACCAAUAAGGUAUUUGAGAAACCUCGGACUCGCUCCGUGGAUGGUGGUGCAGAAGAAGAUCCCUUUGCGAUACAGCUCAUCUCCCUCUGUCCCGAGAGCAGAAAACUGUGCGUGGCUGGCGCAAGCAGCUACGUCAUUCUCUUCAAAUUCCGCAAGCUGGAGUCUGUUUCGGAUACGUGUACGCUGGAGAUCCCUAUAGUAUACGAGGUCAAUGAAGAGCCGGAGUGUUCGCCCGAAUGUGAGUACCCCCCCAAGCCCAGCCUCACCGAUCCCGACAAUAAGAAGUCAUCGCUAGAGUACACUCUGCCGGUAAAAGUGCGGACUGGCGCAACGAAGAAGCCGCCGGGAUUCCAAGCCCACCUGGUCUGUAUCACCCCCAUCAUCAACGGAGAUACUCCCAGCAACAUCUCGGCUCUCAGUAUCAACUCCUCAUACGGGCUGAUGGCAUAUGGCAACGAGGUGGGCCUGGUAAUAGUGGACAUUGUGCAGAAAUGUUGUCUGCUGAACAUCGGCACACCUGACCUGUACGGGAAUGCCGACCCGUACCAGCGAGUGCCGCGCUCGCCCAAGCGCAAUCUCCUCUGUGAGGGAGAGGGCGAGCGGUGCCGGUCCCCCAGCAUCGACCAGAUGACUGACUGUGAUGGAGAGGAGGAUCUGGACAAACUGCUCGUGAGUCCAGGAACCCUCUACUCUGCGCAAGUAUCACCCAUCCCUUCGGAUGACAUUGAAACUGCAGAAGAUGCCUUCACCUUAGUUCAAGAAGAUGCAAAAUCUGAAGAAGUGAAAUCAGAAGAUAGUGCAAAAUCGGAGUUUGCCACAAAGACUGAACGUAGAAGUAGCUCUUCUUGGAAAGGGUUCAGUAUAAAAAAGCAACUCAGUCGUGUUGAUAUGAAGUUGAAGCAAACAUUUUCUGCACCGAUAGAAAAAACCGGUUCAAAUAAAAGAGGGUCUGUUUUUUAUUCUGGUUCGGCUUUAGUUUCUCCUGGCGAUAGGGAAUCAGGAGACGUGUCUCCGGAUGUUUCGAACAGUCCUGAGAGUGAAGAGUUGCCAGCAAUAGUCCUGAUCAAAGAACCAGACACCGAGGAGACGGUGGGGGAGAAUGCUUGUGCCGUGCGACCUACAGAACUACAACUGUUUGACAGUCAGGGGAAACCGAUCAGGCCUCCGAGAAAAGACAGGAAGAGAGUGUCGGUGGAUCAAAAAACUCCAAAUAACAGAAGUGACACGAGACUGCUUUCAGUGCCUAAUAUCAAGUACAGCCAUCAGCAAGGGUUGCGAGACCUGCGGCGCAAAGAGGCGAUGAGGCAGACCAACCAAAAUAACCAAGCGUUCGGCCACAUCAUCCGUAAGAUCAAUAAGUUGGACAGUUCGUUCUCUCGAUCUCGGAGUUCCAGCAUGUCCAGUCUGGAAAACAUUAGCUCCGAAGCUAUCCAGUGCCUCUCUUUUGCUGAUUCCUAUACAAAAAAAUCAGAAGCCAGUACCUACCCGACGCUGUGGGUGGGCACGAGUCUCGGCUCGGUGUUGACUGUGAUGCUGAGUGUACCGGCUGCUGGUGACUCUCGUCUCUCACAACCUGUAGCUGUCUCUCCCUGCGGCACCAUAUUCAGGCUCAAGGGCUGCAUCCUCACCAUGUCCUUCCUCGACUGUAACGGUGCUCUCAUUCCCUACUCUUAUGAGAGUUGGAAGGACGAAGGCAAACAAAGGACGCCAACUAAGAGCAGUACGAACAACAGCCGUAUGUCACCGCCACUGGGAGCGUCCGAGGUGACGUGUGAUCGGCAGUUUGUGGCCCUGGUGUCAGAGAAGCAGGCCCGGGUUGUGGCUCUCCCCUCGCAGAAUUGUGUCUACCGUCAGCAACUGGCAGACACCGACUUUGUUGUCAAGGCAGAAAUUAUUUCUUUGAAAGACAGUGUCUGCUUGGUGUGCUACAUCUCCAGCGGUCAUGUGACAGCCUACAGUCUACCGAGCCUCAGGCCUCUCAUAGACGUUGACUUCCUGCCCCUCCCCGAUCUCAGUUUUCAGACGAGGAAACAGGGAAUUGUAGAUCCCAUGUUGUCGAUAUGGGGCCAACAGAUGUUUGUGAAUGAGGACACAGACCAGAUCGCUCGCACGUUCUGCUUUAGCAACCGAGGCCACGGGCUGUUCCUCAGCUCUCCAUCGGAGGUCCAAAAGUUCACUGUCUCCGCAGAGUUUUGCUCCAGUCUGGUGGAGAUGGUGGGUGAACUGUUCCUGCCACACGACAUGCCCGAACCACCUAAACAGAGCUUCUUCCAGGGGCUGUUCGGGGGUGGUACACGCAAUCUGGACAGAGAAGAAUUAUUUGGAGAAUCGAGUGGGCGAGCAUCGCGCAGUGUGGCGAAGCACAUCCCUGGGCCAUCAGCUCAGAUCCAGGAGUUAGGCCAGCGAGCGUCCACAGCCAGCAACGAGGUGUCCCGCGCUCACCAGAUGAUGGUUGAGCGCGGUGUCAAGCUGGGCCAAUUGGAAGACCGCACUGAGCGCAUGAUGACAGAGGCCGAGAGCUUCCAGAACACUGCACACAACCUCAUGCUCAAAUACAAAGACAAAAAGUGGUACCAGCUCUGAACUCUGCAGACCUGAAUUUAUACAAUAUUAACUACUAUUUAAGAAAAGAGUUUUAUUUAUAACCUAGGCUAGAAAAGAAACAAGGCAGUUUGUAUUGUACAAUGUGCCUCCGUACUCUAAUGUAGGUUGAUAUGAUCACUAUGCUAACUACCCCAAGCUUUAAUAUUUUUAUAGUUUCAACAAGAAAUCUUACAGUAUUUUAUAUAUCAUAAGCAAAUAGAUUUCAAUAUUGAACUGAUGUAUGUAACACCUUGAUCAUGUGCAAGUAAAUUUGUACCUUUACUUCAGUGGUGGUUCUUUCGUAUCGUUUUCUGAUUUAACGCUUAUGUGAAACAAAGACGACCAAAUUGUACUUUAACUUGGGGAUUAACGAAUAUUUCCUCACAAAUUUAACAGUAUACUAAGCCAACAACAGUGUAGCUAAUAAAAAUAAUCCUCAACUGGAACAGUACUAAUAAUAGACUAAUAAUAAUUAGUACUAGUUAUUAAAUAUAUGAAAAUGGAAAUGACAGAGUAAUGUUUUCAUAAUGAGGUGGUACGCACAUACAAUUUUCAAGGUUUCGAAUACUGAGAUAAAUUGAUACGACACAAGCUCUUAUGUAUAGAUUUAAUCAGUGGCAUGCGGUGGAAUGAAGCUAAUGAAGCAUUGAUUGCUUCAUAAGGUUUAUACAAUUUUUUUUUAUUAGGAACCUAAAAUUGUUAACAAUACUACUAGAAAUAUGCCUGAUACGCUCUAAAAGCACAAUUCUUUGAUAUUGUUCCUCCGCUCGUGUUCCGUGUCUGUAGUGAAGCUGGGAUGCAACCGCUUCGGUAGACAGGCUGUACACGCAUAGAGUUCAUGGUUAGGUGGCUGGAGGGAGCGGGAGCGGUAGUCGGUGUUAACAAGUGGCCAGGGAAGCUAGCUUCUUUUGACGGAGAAAUACGAGUGAUCCCGACUACUGCCGUUUGUGUCAUCCGAGUUUUGCUAAAGGGCCGAAUGUUUAACGCGUGACCCACUCACAGCAUGGCCGCCAGCCCCGCCCUGUCCUGGCUAGGUUAUGUUAUAGACCACUCACGCACAUUUUUCCGUGUCGUAUGUUGCAUAAUGUUGUCUGUGUCGCUGUUAUUAGGACAUGUAAACUAACUACCAGUUAUGAUCCCCUUUUAGCAGAACACCUAAAAAAAAGCUACUGUUUUUAGAGGACUUUCAAAUCACAUUCAAAAUAAUUUGAGUGAAGCUGUGGGGUAAUUUCUUCUGUUAUCAAUAAAGUAAGCAUUGAAGAAUGCACGUGUUAGUGAGAUUCUCGAGUGCAAAAUAUUUUUCAGUACACUUAAUGGAGUUGCAGCACUUUUUCAAGAUCGCCAAGACGUGCUGCGUUUUUAGAUGAAUUUGUGAAAAGGAGAUUGCCUAAUGUAUGCUCUACACUGAAACUACUCGUCAAGGCUGGUUAACACAUUGUAUAAGAAUAGAGUUUAACUUUGUGAGGUUUUCAAUGCAAUGCUCAAACAUUUAGAAGAAAUUAAGGCUAACAUCUUGGUUUAAGUGAAUGGGUUUUUAUCGGUACUGGAAUACUUUCAAUUUGCUAUUUUUCUCUGUGUAUUUGACAAACUUUUGCUCUCACUGGUGUUAUUUUUGAUGUUUUACAACACCAGUGAUAUAGUGGCUUGUAGGAAGAAAAUUUAACAGUACUCAUCAAAGCAUUGUCUAAAUUUGUGGUGACUAUGAAAAAAAUUAUGAAAAAUUAUUGGAGGUUGGACCACCUACAAAGAGGGAGGAGGCAAACCAACUACAGAAGAGUGUACCAUGAAAUCUUUGACAAUAUAGAUCGACAUUUCCAUUCACGCUAGGAAGACUACGCGAAGUUGGACUUUUUACAACUACUUGCAACAGAAAUGUUUUCAUAGCAUGAAGAUGCAUUUCCGGAAACAGCUUUCAAAAGCUUGUUGGAUAUAUAUGGCAAAUUUUUCGACCGUGUUCGGUUAAAAUAAACUAUUGUUGUUCUACUCCAGUGAAGAGUUUAAAGGAAAUCCGCUGAAAGAUUUGUGCAAAUUAUUUGAAUCCAACUUUAUGCUCAGAUUAGCUUUUCCUCAAAUUAAUUUAUUGUUGAGCUUUAUUUACAUGAUUUAUGUGACUAUGGCCUAUGUCGAAUGGUCCUUUCCUACACUGAGAAGCAUAAAGAAUUAUUCGAAAAAUGCCACUGACAUCAAACAGAGACUCUCUCACUUAGGCCUCAUAUCCAUUGAGUAUGAAUUGCUCGCGAGAUAAAAUCAAAGGAAAGUUUUUUGACAAAGUGGUAAAUAACUCUGAGUGUUUGCUUUAAGUAACCUAUUAUUGAUUGAGUUACAAUGUUAAUGUUUAACAUUUGUAAAUUUGUCCUUGAUAUUUUCUUGUACAAAUACAACUUUUCAACUGUACUAUAUAAGAAUUUUUAGGUUAAUCACAUCAUGUAACUUAAAUGUGAAAUCACAAUCAAUGUUAUUAUAAUUCAUAAAAAUAAAUCUAUACUUAUUCAUUAAAAAUAAGUCUGAUUUAAAACCUAUUUGUUUGUAUAAAUUUGCAUAAAAGUUGAACUAUGAAUUUCUAAACUUGCCUAUCUUAUUACAUUGAAAAGUAUGCAGAUAUAAUAACUCACACUUUACUGAAAAGCAAUGUUAUCAUAAAUUUAAAAUUAUUCAUAAAAAGGUUUUUUAUUAAAUUCUUUCUACUUUUCAUAUAAACUUAUCAUAAGAUGUACUAAACACGUGACAUGUCUAAGUUUUCUUACACUUUAACUGCAUUUAAAUGUGUAUAGAAAUGCAUGCCUUUAACCUAAAAAUGUGGACAUUUUUUCUCCGGGGGAGGGGGGGUGUACCCCCAGACCCUCUCUCUGACAGUACCUCUGCUUCACCCAAUUAAACGACCACCGCACGCCACUGGAUCUAGUUAAAAUAUUAUUAAUUUCUUCUACUAAUGUACUAUUAGUUCCUAUUCACUCCCCAAGAUUCCAGACACUAUUGUUACUGUCUUAGUUUCCAGAACAAUAUUGUCAGCAUCAUUCAGUUUCCAUAAGUUGUGUACUUUGGUUCCAUCUUUGUGUAAUGUUUCCCAGUCGUACCUAAAAGGCAGGUCCUGUUUUCCGGUGUAAUAAGCGCUCUUUCUCAUCAAAUUGGCAAUUUUGUACUUAAUAUUUCAGUUAAACUAAAAAAAAUUAGUGAUGAAGUUUUUAAAUUAAGUUUUUUUUUAGAUUGCUAUGUACCUAUAUUUUUUGUAAUGAACUAAGAACCCCCACAGAUGAGAGUCUGUACAAUAAAGAUCUUUACUUUAAAGUAAAAGUUAGUUUCUUAGUUAUUCUACAACUAUUAUUUUCAUUAUUCAUUAUAAAGCUGUGCUUGGGCUUUUGGAGGUGUGAUUUUUUUUAGCCUAAUUUUCUUCUGAUGUAACUUGAAGAUAGUGAUAAUCUCAUAUUUGUAAUGGUUGGAUCAACAAUAAAAUGCCAUGGAAUGUCCUGUUACGAAACAACUGCUUACCGUACAGUAUCUCGACGGUGUAUCUAUGUAUAUAUGUGACUUGGCUGUACUUACACAUUGUGAUACCUCCAUCAUGAUUGUUAUUGUAUUGUUAGAUGCAGAAUAUAUUGUUUGUUGAAUGCUGUUGCAUUUGUUGUACCUUUUUUAUUGUUAUUGUAGCGAUGUAUAGAAGCAUUAUUCUUUUAAUUUAUGUAAUAUAUAUAUAAAAACAAGUGGUUAAUGUUUUAUGUAAAUGUAUAUACUACAGUAUUUGCUAUGGACUUUCUGAUGUUCUAUUACAUUGUAUUUAACUGUAGGCUAAUUUACUUUGUCUUGAGGCCGGUAGGCUGGUCAACUCUUCGGUGGCCUAAGACAAAUGCUCAGUGCAUGGACUUCCUUGUAGUUUUUUUAUGGUUGCUUUAGGAUUCCUGUGUGGUUUGUUUUAGAAACGAAUCCGGUUGGAACGAUCUGAACUCCAAAGGAAUCUCAGUGAGGAUGAUUCAAGUAUGAUUGAGGUUUAACUUUGGUUUGAGAUUUCUGUAACUUAUCAUUUUUUGCUUUAUACUUUAGUAGAUACGUUUAAGAAGUAAGAGUUAUAAUUAUGAAUAUAACUUAUUAGUUAUAGUUGUGUACUAUUGGUUGCUAAUUGUUUGGUUUUUAAGAAUACUAUAAAAUGUUGUACUGGUAUAUUCUCUUACAUUUUAAACCAAAGUUGAAUUCAAUCUGCUUAAUGUUUUGAGGUUAUUUACUUGGACUACUGUGCAACUUACAUAUUCUAUCUCAAUAAGUAAAGUAAUAAUUUCAUCAAAUUGUUUGAAACUCUUCAUUGAGUCUUUUAUUUCUUGUGUUUUCUUAUCUAAUUAUAACAACAUAUCUGUUCGUAAAAGUAGAGAUCUGCAAUAAUGGUGGAAGGGAGGCUAAUUAAAUAAACAUUAUUUUAAAAUUACUAUUGGAUUUUAAUUUAGAAAAGUUGUAUGAUUGGGGUUAAAGAGAAAACUUGUGACGUUGUAAAGCAAAAUGUGGUCAGUAUUUAGUAAAAUCUCUCUGUAUGCGUCAGGAUAUGAUUUCUGAUAUUUCUUUCAUGUUUAGUCUGUUUUGAUAGUACACAUUAAUUCUUUGUGUGAUGAAAGUUAAGUUCAAAAUCUGAUGGAUGAUUAGUUUUGUAAGUUUUUUGUUUGUUUUUGUGAAAAUAAUUCCAACAGUUUGGCUAUUUAUUACAUUUUAGUAUUUCCUUCUUCCAUCAAGAACUAAACCCACGAUCACUUAAUUAUUAAAGUUACUUAAAUUUAUAAUUUUUUAUUUCUAUAGAGGUUGUAUGUAUUUAAACAGCUAAAAUACUGACAGAUUAUCUGAGUCCUGUGUGCGCACAAGCCAACCUCAGUCUCAUGAUAAUUCAUGAAAACAUGCAGUUUAUUAAAUUAAAGGUAUAACUUUUAAUUAAAUUUUUCUCCAUUAUAAGUUCCCACUUGGUUAACAUGAAUUUAGAAUAGUCAGGGGCAGUGACUGAAAUACUGUUGAAGUUUAACCAUGAUUAAAAAUUACUAAAAAUAAAACUGUCACAGAAAGUGAUCCAAAUACUGAGCUAAAAGCUCAUUACAUAGACUUUCUCAGAUUAGUUUUCUUGUUAUCUGGAAUGUGUGAAAUCAGUGUUUAUUGUUUCUCUGCAGAUCUCUAUGUAUAAAUCUACUUUUUGUAUUAACAACUUAUAAAGCAAUUAUAUUUAGUUACUUUAUUAACUUUUCUUAUUAAUGGCUCUUCCUCAUUAUGUAUAAGAAAAUCAAAAUUGACACAAGACACCUGACUCUGCUGACACGCUCCUGUACUUACAACGCAACGUCUCACACGCCUAUACUCUACUCUAUCGUUUCUAGUAACAUUACAAAAUGACAAUAAAAUUUCAAUGUGAAGGCUUACACGGUCGAUGUGGUUUUGUGAGCUUCGCUUUUAGUCUUCAUUGUGCCACCAUCAACCUAUUGUUACUUAACUCGUUGGGGAUUGUAUAUAUUCUUUUGCUAUGCGUUUUUCGAUUUAUGUCUUCCUUGUAAAUUUAAGAGAUGACUAACUAGAACGAUGGUCGGCCCUUUGUACAUGAAAUAAAAGAGUACCUAACGUUUAUUUCGCUCGACUUCUGUUGAAACGCUAUAGAGCUGUUUGCUACUGAAUAUUUUUAUUGAAAGUUUUGUUGUCUAUCUAAGCCGUACAUUGUAGGUUAGUUUUGUACAGUGGUGGGAACAACGUGACCCUACAAUAUAUUUUAAUACUGAGUGUGCAUGUGAGUGUGUGUGCGUGAGUCAACUCACCUCAUUCAGCUGAUAUUGUGAUGCCCUGUAUAAAAUAAGCUCGCUAUAUGUGGAUAGCUGCUUUUUCGCCUCUUCUUGCACAAAUAAUGUACCAGCUGCAAACGGUUAUAACGUUUUGUCGUCACUGUGCAACUUAGCGAAAUACGGGACUCAAAUUUUCAAAAUGAAACGGUGCAAUAUCAAAAUUAGCUUUUGUCUUAUAACUUUUUGCAGCUGUAAAAGGAAUCCAUUCCUGUAUUCGGUAAGUGUAAAUAGUUACAUUUAAAAUCCCUUGAUGGGUUGAUAAAAUAUUUGGUAUUUUUUUAAACCCAAGAGAAUAAUUUGAAACUUCCUUUGACUGUAUAUAUACAUAAUGGUACCAAGACACUGUGUAGAUCAUCUUUCCAUAGGGGUUGUAGCUAGCAUUUGAGAUGUAUUCUGUAGCAUAGCGUGAUAUCGUAUCUGACCCCUAACCCUGUAGAACAACUUAAUGACUUCACCACAUUUGUGAAAAGUUUAAAUAUAUUUUCUAUUGUAUCCUGAUGAAAUAAAAUGUUGGAAUCAAUAUGCUA